AUGUUGAUCAUAGAAACUGCUCUUGUGUUGAUUAGGAUUUUGGGCUUUCAAUCUAAUGUUGUACUGUGGGUGUUGUUGAUGAUGACGAUCAGGUGGAUCAGUGACAAGGAAAUGCCCAACGAUAAACGAAGGAUUGUCAUGCUCAAGAAAAAAAGUGGUGACGUGACCCCUUCUACUAGGCCAAAAACUAGGACAAUGACAACUGCAAAUGAAAGAUGGACUGAGAUGUUUCGGGGGAAGGAUCAUGGUUUGCACUCUCUGCUGGUGUGGGUAUUUUUCGUUCGAGGGGUGGUGGCAGUAGGGUAUUUGGUGGUCCCCAUUAAAGCCAGGAUUGUUAGUAGAUCUGGAAUUACUAAGCUACCGGAAGCUCGUGUAAAUGCCAAAGUGAACCCAGAUGGGACAAAGGAGCUGAGCUCUAAUGCUCCACUUGGAAGCCACUUAAGAGAUAAGGGAAUAACAGGACAAACACAAGUGCAAACAGGGGAGGUGGCGAUUGGUGAAAUUCCUCUUGCUGACAUAUCGAGAUCUAGCGGUGAAACUUCAAAAAAGCCGGUAGAUGUUGAUGUGUUGCCAAAAGACAAGCAAAACUGGACAAAGACUCAACCUAACCUGUCGGAGGCCCAGCAAAAACAUCACGAACCUAGAACACCUUUGAACCAGUCCUUAUGCCCCAAAAUGAUGUCUAAGGCUAAAAUUGUUGUGGAGGAGCAAGCUUCUGUUCAAAAUCUGUGCACAGACCAACCAGUCUUGUUUAUAGACAAGGGCAAAGCAAUGACAUUUGUAGUGCUUGAUACUGAAACUGUGGAGACUAAUAAAAAGAGAGCUGCAGACAACCUUUUGGUGCCUGGUACUGGGAUUGAAGGGCAUCCCCAAAUUGACAUUCAAGUCACAUAA